GACUUUCUCGCGCCCAGCCCCACUUUCAGCCCCCGCUCCCCGCCCCCGCCCGGGGCAGUAGUUUCCACUACGCUAAGGGGGCGGCAGCCCGGGACUCAUCUAUCUCUGCGUUCCACGGAGGGAGGAUGUGAGAAGCCUCCUUGAAAAGAACGGGGCACUAUGAACGAAGAGGAGCAUUUUGUAAACAUUGAUUUGAAUGACGACAACGUUUGCAGUGUUUGUAAACUGGGAACGGACAAAGAAACGCUCUCCUUCUGUCACAUUUGUUUCGAGCUAAACAUUGAGGGAGUACCAAAGUCUAAUCUUUUGCACACCAAAUCACUAAGGGGUCAUAAAGAUUGUUUUGAGAAAUAUCAUUUAAUUGCAAACCAAGAUUGUCCUCGAGCCAAGCUUUCCAAAAGUACUUACGAAGGAGUUAAAACCAUUUUGAGUAAGAAGAUAAACUGGAUUGUACAGUAUGCACAAAAUAAAGAUCUGGACUCAGAUUCUGAGUGUUCUAAAGGCCCCCAGAAUCACCUGUUUAAUUUCAGGCAUAAUCCAGAUAAGAAAUUGCUUCCACAGUUUGACUCUCAAGUACCAAAAUAUUCUGCAAGAUGGAUAGAUGGAAGCGCUAGUGCCAUCUCCAACUGUAGCCAAGGGAUUUUGGAGCAGAGAGAAAACACAGACUUUGGGCUUGCUGUGUUACAAGGGCCAGGUGCCGCGUUACGCCAUGACAGUGUCUUGUGGCCUCAUAGUCACAGCAAGGCACCGAAAGAAGAGGCCACCUUCUGUCCAGAAACCAGCGUCCGGACGCCGACUCUGCACUACAGCAGAGAGGAAUUGAAUUCAAUGACGCAUGAUGAGGUAAAACAACUGAAUACGAAGCUUCGACAGCAAAUCCAGGAAAUUUUUGAAGAGUUAACACAUCAAGUGCAAGAGAAAGAUUCUUUGAAAUCACAGCUCCAUGUCCGUCACAUUGCCAUUGAACAGCUUCUCAGGAACUGUUCCAAGUUACCGUGCCUGCAAGUGGGACGAACAGGAGCGAACAACUGAACGGAAUGUACAUGAACCUGAUAUACUAUGUUCCCCAUACAGGUCUGCCGAGCGUGCACACUUCCAAGAGUGAAGCAAGAUGUGGUCCAUUAUUUUAAGGUCAUAACCCUUACGAAGCAUAAGGCUGUAUUUAACAUCCAAUAAAGCAGAUCAUUAUACUCUAGCCUUAGAGGGUUAAUCAUUUGACUUAAUUUUGGGAACCUCUUCCCCAUAAUUGCUAAAUGUCCCUCCCUAACUUUUACCACAUAAGACUACUUGUUCUGUUAUAGUAUGAUUUUUAAAGAAACGUUUCUAUGUAAUUCUCCUGUCAAAUCAGUCGUUAAACAAACUCCUAAUAGUCUGAAAUACUAAGGACAGUUUUUAAGAGAGAAAUGGAAUUCAUAGUAUCACCUCAUAUUUAUUAUGAGCAAUAUUUUAAUAUAAAAUUUUGUAUGUAAAAAUGCUAUUUUAGGUACUUUUUCAUUCUCUUUAUAAAUGUAUUUGCGUGGCUCUGAGUAUUUACAUUUUCAUAUAUGAGUAUGUCCACCCAUGUUUCAGCUCACUGCAUUUUAUUUUCGUAAUAGAAUGUUUUACGACUUUUAUGUUACAAAGAUAAAUGUAUUUUGAAUAGAGGUCUGUCUACCUGGGUUGUUUAAUCUCUAAAACUUUAUGAAAGAGAAACUAAUAAUUUUUAAAGCAAGUAUUCAACUAAAUACAUUAUUGUUUUUUAACAAAAGUAUUUCUGAGUUAAAGAGUAAUAAUUUUUAUAUGUCAGUUUAUCUCCAUAAAUAUGAUAGCCUCUUCCACUUCACUUAUUUUAUUAUUACUUUCAUGUGUUAGAAUUUGGACAGAGUAAGUCAAACCUUACUUUCAAGUGUCUGUUACCCCCUCCCCCCAAAAAGAAAAUUUUGUAUUUUUGAAAAAAAAAAUUACUCUUUUUGCCACUUUAGGAUAAAGUUUCAAAAAUCUUUCAGCUGUCCAAAUUCUGUUUUCAACAUCAUUGAAAGUCUUAAAAACAUUGUAAGGUAUUUUUCUAAACUUUACAGGGAAAGAGAAAAUUGCUUGACAAAAGAAAAACAAAACUCCUAAUUCAACAAAAUAAGGCCAUGUUUAAAAGGAUAAGUGACCUAUUAAGAUUCUGAAUGUUUCUUAAUAGACUUAAGCAGCUAGAUAUUUUUAAUUGCAUUAUACCAAGAGCUAUAAUCAAUACAAAAUUAAAAAUUGGUACUAAAUUGUUUUCAACUGGUGCUUAAAAUGCAUUUGUAAGAGGGCUGGGAUAUAGUUCGGUGGCACAGGACUUGCCUGGCAGGUGCAAGGUCCUGAGUUCAAAUUCCUGGUACCCAAAAAAUUGCCCAAAAUAUUUGUGAGGUAGAUCUUUUGUUCAGAGAAUCUACAGAAAAGCUCAUAAACUGGACAACUUUUCUCAUAAAGAGAUGAAUGACUUCUGCAUUCAAUUUGAUAGACUGUCCUAGCUUGGAUCAGAUGUUCAUUUUUGAGCACAUACAGUACUACAGUAGGCAAAGAAAUGUGCAGUUGAAAGCAACUUUUUGUAAUGCUAAGAUGUAAUAAGUUGGCCUGAGGGCAUUAACUGAUAUCCCAUUUACUUGUUUUGUUUUUCUUUGAAAAAUGACUUAAUUGUCAAGCCUUUUAGAGGAAGCUUUUGAUAGAUGCUUUUAAUCUCUCAGUUUUUGAGUCAUCUAAAAUGAAUUUAAAAUUCUGAAAGUGGAGAUGGAUGCAUUUGCCUUAGUUUGAUUAGCUUUAAAUUGAAUAUGUGCAAUAUAAAAAUAUUCAGAUAUAAAUUUGAAGAAAGACGUGUCCUGAUUAUGCCAGUAAGUGUUUCAGUGUGUGGUACUUAUGGUUAUAUUUUCAAAUUGACUUUACUCUCUUGGUAUAAUACAUUAGACUUAGCAGCCAGGGUUGGCGCACACAUUGGGCUUGUUUAGAUAACUUAGGGAUAGUCAUAAAAGUUGGGGAUGCAUUGCAUUUGUUAUCAAUGGUAGCAUAUUUCCAAAAUAAGAGCCAUAGGAUCUAGUCCUAAUACAACAGUGUUAUCCAAAGAAAGUGUCUGCUAAUCUCUUGAAGAUUUUUCUGGUGAACACAUAGUUUUACUACUGAGUUUGGAAUAAUUGAGUAGUCCAUGUAGUAAGGUUUUACUAGGGGGAUGUGAUUUAUUCCAUUUAGCUAAUUUCAAAUAAUCUUGGUUUCAAAAGAAAAGUCCUCCUAAAAACUAUCUUGUGGUGCUGGUACUCACAUUAGUAUUUACUCAGAUGAAUUUCUAGAAGAAAAAAAAAAAUACUGAAGUAUUUUGCACAACAGUUUAGCCAAAUAUUUGGUAAACUUAGAUAUUUCUAUGCUUUCUUGAUCAAAUAUGCAGUUAUUAUAUAUGCAAAAAUAAGAUCAGGGACAGAGAUGAAUUCUAACUUGAGAGAACUUAAGUAUUAGUUUCCAUAGUUGGCAAUUCUUCUGUAUAGUUCUUAGUACAUUUUGAGGAGAUGUAGGGAAAAAAAUUAUGUGUGGCGCAAAUGGUGGGAGACAGAUUGCUGCUCAGGCCUGGCUGACAUGUUCAGACUGCACGGGAUAGAGGGCGAUGACGUAAGACACGUUUUUUAGAUCAGACUUAAUAACUCAGUGAGUUAAAUUUUAAAAAGUGAGAAUGAAAAUUGAGUUUUAAUCAUAUGAUAUUUUUAAAAAUCAAAGUUUUAAUGUGCCUAGCAAAUUUAAGGCCCUGGGUUUGAUUCCCAGAACCACAAAAACUAAGUAAAUUGGACAGUGGUUUUAAGUUAUUUAUGUUUACUAUAAGUUUAUCAUCCUAUUCUUUGAUUCCAGUAUUAAUAUCUAAGUUGGUCCUUUGAAAAAGUCGUGCACUUGAGAUACCAAUAAAGAUGAUUCAGGCAGUUGAAUGUUUUUUUAUCCCAUUGUGUGGUUUCUUUUCAAGAAUGUUGGAGAAAAGAGACCUUCUUAUUUUUCAAAGUACACGUAUGCUCAAGUCACCAAAAAGUGCCCAUUUUUAUAUACAGUUAGGGCUUGUAAUUUAAAAAGACAAAUUCUUGUUUGUGAGUGGUUUCAGAAAUCAAGUAUAUUCUGGGUUUUUGUGUUGUUUUGGGGGGGAGUUUGGUUAUCUCAAUAGAUAUCUUUACACAG